AUGUCCAUCCCCAAAACCGCCGUCAAGUCCCCCCACGCCCCGGCCCCACCGCCCUUUCUCUCCCAAGCGAUCGUCAUGGGCGACUACGUCUUUUGCUCCGGUCAGAUCGGCAGCGAUCCCAAGACAGGCACUUUGGUGCAGGGCUCGAUCCAAGAUCGAACGACACAAAUCAUGUCCAAUUUGAGCGCGGUCCUCGAGUCCGCGGGCACCAGUCUGCGGAACGUGGUCAAGUGUAAUAUCUUUUUGACGAGUAUGAGUGAUUUCGGGGCCGUGAACGAAGUAUACAUGACCUUUUUUAGUGCUCCAAUGCCGGCUCGUACGUGCGUCUGUGUCAAGGAGUUGCCCAUGGGCACGGAUGUAGAGAUUGAGUGUAUUGCUGGGGUGCGUAAUGUGCCGGAGCAAAAGUUGUGA